ACGAGCUAUCUAGUUCACAAGAUUAUUGACAUACAAACCGCGUCCGAUAAGUCAGUGUACGUACUAUACAUGCAUUACUGAUGCCCUGGUUUUAAUUUCCCCCUAGACAAAGAUUUUAAAAUGGCUGUUGAAUGUGUGGUCAAACAUGCAGCAAAAUCCGCUGCAGAGGGUCCUCAUUGGGAUGACGUCACCAACACACUUCUUUUCGUGGACAUACUUGAAAACACCGUUCAUAGAUAUCACCCUGAGACGGGAACUGUCGACGUCAUUCAGUUAGAUGAGAAUGUGGGAUUUGUGGUUCCUGCCAGAAAAGGGGGACUGAUUGCUGGAGUAGGACGUUGUCUGGUCCACUUGGACUGGGACUCCAAGAAAGUGACCAAACUUCACGAGGUGGACCAUGGACUGCAGACACGCUUCAAUGACGGCAAAUGUGACCCCCAGGGAAGGGUCUGGGCGGGAACGAUGGGCCCAAUGGUUCCCACCAUUGAAGGUAUGCCCAAGAUUGGAAGCUUGUAUCGACUGGACUUGGAUGGCAGUUUACAUACAAUGGUAAAAAAUGUUGGCAUUUCUAAUGGUCUUGCGUGGACAGCGGACAACAAAUCCAUGUUCUUCAUUGACUCUACGCCGCGCCAAAUCUAUCGCUACGAUUUUGACAAAUCAACAGGAAACAUUUCCAACCAGAGAGUGAUUGUAGACAAUGCGGGGAAGCCGUUGGAUGACUGCGGUUUUCCUGACGGUAUGACUGUUGACCAAGAAGACAAGCUCUGGGUAGCGUGUUUCGCAGCCAGUAAAGUCAUCAGAUACGAUCCAGAAACGGGACAACGACUACAGCAUGUUGAAAUCCCAUCGGCCUCGAGAAUCACUUCCUGUUGUUUUGGUGGGAAGAAUUUAGAUGAGCUUUAUGUCACCUCUUCAGCCUAUGAAGUUUCGUCAGAAGAAUUUGAAAAAUAUCCGCUUUCUGGGUCCGUGUUUCGAGUCACUGACCUGGGUGUAAGGGGACGAAAAGCACACAUUUAUGAGGGAUGAACGGAUCCCCCUAGAGAUGUCAAUGUGACAUUCUCGUUACUGCACAUAUUAACGACAAAAACUGACGAAGACAGAAAAUGAAUGCUUAAAUUAUGAAUAAAGUUGUAGUCUUCAA